AUGGCAGAGCUCCUAAAGGCCCUCACCAAAGAAGACUUCCAGCACAGCUUUGAUCAAUGGAAAAAACGUAUGGAAAGGUGUGUGGCGAGGAGAGGGGAGUAUAUUGAAGGGGAGCAUUUGAAUGUAGAAUAAUUUUUAUAACAAAACACUUUUUCGUAACCAGUCUCAUUAUUUAAUAGCCACAUCUCGUAUCUCGGAAAUCUCCACUAUUAAACUCCUACUCUCAGAACAGUAGAAUGUUUUGUGGAGGGUUUGACGGAAAUUAAAAAUUUUAUGCCAAAAUGUAUUUAAACUAAAACUUCUUUAAUAAGUGGAAUUUUUAAUUUAUACAUUGGUUGCUAUACAAUCAUUAUUAUUGAUCAAAAGCUGGUGUAAUGGUUUCGCCCCAAAAUAUGAGUGACGACAGAUAACGGUAAUAUUACACUUUAAAGCUGGUUUGUUCUUAAAAAAAAAAAAAAACAAAUUUCAAAAAAAGUUAUUAUUUUCCGAGGUAUAAUGAAUUUAUAUUACAUAAUGUUUAUCACUCUGUAUAAUAUACAUAUACUGAUAUACCUGCUCGUACGCGCGCCAUAUUAUCAUUAUAUUUUAUUAUUUCUAGACCCGGUGCGAUUAGAGGUACCGAGUCUCGUACAAAGGAAAUCCGAGUUGAGGGAUACGACGACGUGUGCCGCGUGCGUGUGCUGCCCGUUUACUGCGACGCGGGGUACGUAGCCGCAGCUGCCUCCCUGUCGGACGAGGUGCACCUGGACUUUUGGGGUCUCCGGCUAUAA